AUGAGUAGCAUAUCCCAAAAAUGGAAGAAACUAAGUGGAGUAGAAGACAAGUGGUCAUCCUUGUUAGACCCUUUAGACAUUGAUCUCCGUCGAUACAUCAUUCACUACGGUGAGAUGGCACAAGCAACACGAGACGCUUUCAACACCGAGAAGGCAUCAAAGUACGCUGGAAGCAGCCGAUACAGUAAGAGUGAUCUCCUAUCCAAAGUAGAAAUCGAGCAAGGAAACCCUUUUAAAUAUGAAGUAACAAAAUACUUCUAUGGAACAUCAUCAAUACCACUUCCAUCGGUUCUUGUGAAGUCGUUGUCUAGGGAGGCUUGGAGCAAGGAAUCGAACUGGAUAGGGUACGUGGCUGUGGCUACUGAAGAAGGAAAAGUGGCUUUAGGACGGAGAGAUAUUGUGAUUGCUUGGCGAGGGACAGUUGAAACCACAGAAUGGAUUAAUGAUCUCAAAUUUGGUUUGGUUUCUGCUCCUGAAAUAUUUAGAGGGAAUGAUGAUGUAAAAAUUCAACAUGGUUGGCAUUCAAUCUAUACUAGUGGUGAUCCUAGAUCACCUUUCAACAAAUUAAGUGCUAGAGACCAAGUUAUAGAAGAGGUGAGGCGAUUAGUUGAAUUAUACAAGAACGAAGAAACAAGUAUCACAGUGGUGGGGCACAGUAUGGGAGCGGCGCUUGCGACACUCAAUGCAGUUGAUAUAGUCGCAAAUGGAUUCAACAAGCCAAUGAGUGAACCUAGCAAGACCUUUCCUGUUACUGCUUUUGUUUUUGCUAGCCCUCGUGUGGGAGACUCUGACUUUGGAAAGCUUUACUCUUCACACAAAGAUAUUCACGUCCUACGCGUUCAAAAUGAACAUGAUUUGGUUCCACACUACCCGGUCAUGAUAGGGUACUCACACAUUGGACAAGAGUUGCCGAUAGAUACAAGCAAGUCCCCCUAUUUAAGGAGUCCAGGGGAUGUUCAAAGAUGGCAUGAUAUGGAGACUUAUUUACAUGGAGUCGCGGGUACACAAGGUAGCAAAGGAGGGUUUCAUUUAGAAGUUAAUCGAGAUAUUGCUUUAGUGAACAAGUAUACGGAUGGACUCGCCGAUGAUGGAUAUCAUGUGCCUGCGAUGUGGUGGGUCGAGAAGAACAAGGGUAUGGUUCGGCACACCAAUGGGUCAUGGUUAUUGAUGGAUCAUGAAAAUGAUGAUAAUGUUAGCACCUCCAAAUAA